AUGACCGGGAUCCUCGACUAUCUCCAGUGCGCUCUGGGGAAGCUUCUAUAUCGCGUUCGUGGCCAUGAUUCGAAGCAGAUCAUCAGAAGUGCUGCUUUCAAAGAUCUUCCCGAACCCAACAUGACCCUUGAAGCACCAGAAUGUGGUCCCACCGGCUCAGUACUGCUUGACUUCCAUACUUGUCUCGCUGAGGACAGCAAGGGAAGAUUCCCUGAGCUUCGCUGGACUCCUCCUCCUCAGGGUGACGUGAAGGAGUAUGUGCUGAUCUGCGAAGACAUUGACUUGCCCAUUCCACGUCUCGUGAUCCAUCAUGGCCUGUUCUACGGUAUCCCUCCCACGACCACCACCGCAACACAUGCCGACAUCAAACAGAAAAAAGACGCAGGAGAACGACUGACUCGCUCUAAUUGGAAGUAUGUUCCUAAUCUGACCGGCAAUUCUUAUAUUGGUCCUGCUCCACCUCUGGGUCACGGCUUGCACCGGUACAUUUUCACCAUUAUCGCACUCAACGAGCCUCUCCAGUUCGACCAAGGAGAACAGGUCAGCAAGCAAAUGAUCAAAGAGGCCAUGGUUGGCAAAGUCAUUGGCUGGGGUCAGUGGGUUGGACUUUGGGAGCGCCCUUGGCCCAAAUAA